AUGUCGUUGGCCUCACCUCCACUGGACCCAGCCCGAGAUAUAAACGACUCUCACGUCUCUGAUCUGAGAAGCGACAAGGUGGAUAUUGACAAUCCAAGCUCUUCUGUUGAGGAAGCAGUCGAGAAGGAACAUCCCGAAAUGAAUGAGAGACCCAAUUUAGUGCUUGACUCUGGAUGUCCUGCUCGGGUGCAGGUUGUCGACGCCCAGCCGUCUUUCAUGAGAGGUGAAUCACAGAACUCUAUGAUGCCCACGGAAUCAUGGCAAGAUACCACCGACAAGGCCUCCGAUGAUCUCAAAUGGAGAGAAGAGAAGAAGGAGAAGGAGAAGGAGAAGAAGUUUCAAGAUAACGCUACACACUCUGAGGCCUACGCCUCAACGGGCUCAGAGAGCUCUUCAUCGACGUUCGGUGAUGAAGAUAGCGACGCGGUAACCCAAGAGAUGCCGGAUGAUUGGGAGAUUGAGGACACCGACGAGAGAGCCGCAAGAGAUAACAAGACGUCGUUUGCUAUGACGCCGGGCGAGGAUUUGAGCCUGUUUCCUUGGCUUCUCUGGUAUCUUCUGUGUAUCUGGCGGUGGCUCCAGCAAGACUGGCAGGAUUUCUGGACAGCGACUCAUCAGUCCGGGGAGCAGUCAGCGACACCGGCUCCGCCAGGUCUACUAGCACGACAGAAACACGGCUCUAGAGGUGGAAAAAGACGAAGAGAGCGAACGGAAUCGGCAGACGAAGCGGAGCGGGAGAAACCAUCAGCAGGAAAGUCGAAACGUGCCAGGCGGCCCAAGGAGCCAGGGCCCUCUCAGCCCCUAGCCUGUCCUUUUUGCAAGAAGGAUCUCCAACAAUACCAAGCAUGUGUCAAACUCAACCUGACCAAGGUGCGGUAUGUCAAGCAGCAUCUCCACCGGAAGCACGGGGACAAUAUCGAAGACUGGGUGAUGGCCCGUCUCAGACUGAGAUCAGCCCCUGGAACUGAAGAGGAACAAUGGUAUAGGAUAUUUGACCUCUUGUUCCCUGGCCACUCGCCCCGACCUUCCACGCCGUACAACGAUUUUACAGUUUGUGAACGAGCACAGCCGUCCCCUGAUACCUCUCCAACCGAGGAAGCGCUCUACGUUUCCGGCAUAUUUUUGACGGGAGAAUCUGUCCAGUCUCUCCAGCAGUUUCUUGUUCAAGACUCUGCGUUAGCGAGUGUUGCGGCGGAUGAUAUCCGCGGAGCUUUGGACCGUGCCUUGUCUCGAGUUUUCAUGGAGCAAACAUCGCAUCAGAACCCAUCUGUUGAUGGCUGGCAGGCAAGAGCCCAACAAGGCUCUGAGACGGACAUUGAGGAUUCUGAAGAAAGUUCCAAUAGCCGUGGCUUCGUGCCGGACCGAGAGGUCCCCAACUCCCGUUUCAGCGACGACUCUGGAGUAGUCACGAACGAACAUCCAAGUUCCGCAACCGUCCAGUCGGAUUCAACACCAGAGCCGCAAGGGACUCAGCGUGGAGUUGAGGGGGCUUUUGAAUGGGAAGAGUUCCUGAAUGAUGAUCCAAGUCUGUUUAUUGAAGGAGCACCUGAAGACCAACAGUUGGGUCAUCACAUUGAUAUGGACUGUUGGUUAGAUGAAUGGCCAUUCACUAAUUAUGACCAGCCGCUUGGGGAAAGUUCUGGGGCGCAGGCAAGACAAAAGGGAGGAUAUUUCUAG